ACCAGUGAUGAUGAGAUCUCAAAGCAAGUAUGGAACUUGGAGUUCCAAUGAGCUCAUGUUCAAUUCCAACCAGUUAGACAAUUGAAUCAAAUAUAUAAGAUAUAUAUAUAUAUAUAGUCCCGAAUAAAAAUACAUAUAUGGAGAGCUUAGAGUACUCGAAGAAGAUUAAUGGAGGAGUUUGGAAGAAACUUCCACCGGGUUUUCGAUUCCGUCCUACCGACGAAGAACUUGUCGUUCAAUAUUUAUGGCGAAAAGUCUUAUCCUUCCCUUUACCAUCCUCUAUCAUUCCUGAGAUUGAUCUCAAUGAUUAUGAUCCUAAAAACUUACAUGAUUGGAUAGAGAGGGAGAAGGAAGGGUACUUCUUCAAGUGCAAAAGAAGUACUAAUGGAAGUGGUAGUAGUGAAGAGAAGAGAUCAAGUGGAUAUUGGAAGGCAAUUGGAAAAGAGAUGCCAAUCUUAUCUUCAAGAAGCAAUAAAUUGGUAGGAAUGAAGAAGGUUCUCAUCUUUUUUAGGGGGAGAUGUAAGACUAAAUGGAUCAUGCAUGAGUUCCGGCUCGCCGGAGUUGCCGCCGGAAUCAAGUCUCGUAUGUUUUCUCAAAAAGAAAGUUUCACUUGUCAAGAGAAAGAAUGGAUGGUUUGCCGAAUUUUCAAGAAGAGAAAAGAUAAGAAGAUUCAUGCAAGGGUCACAGAUCACUCAAUUGAUUCAAAAAAUCAAGUAAACAAGGUUUCUAGGAAUUCUACUUCCUCUUCAUCAUCAUCAUCAUCAUCAUCACCAUCAUCUUCUUCUUCUUCGAAUUUGAGUUGUGUUAUUGAUGUUAUGGAGGAUUCUGGCAGUGAAGAUGAGUUUAGCAGUAAAAGCAUGGAUUCAUCUUCAUAUGGGAAUCUUCAAGAUUAAUUGGAGUUGUUGAUGUUGGUGCAGUGUUA